CAUGGAUUCGACUGUAAUUGUAUUUUCUCUCUUCAGUUACUUUGGAUGCCCAACAAUGUAAUUCCAAGCUUCUUAGGAUUUUCACUCCAAUGUCAAUUAUACAGCAGCCUGGAUGUUGGGCGUCUGCUACCGACAAACUGAAUGUGUGGGAAUUGUUCACUAGGGAACCACCGAAGCGAUGCGCUCUUCACUUCCUCAUACGGUCCUCGUCCGAACUUUCGGUAAAAGAUUCGCUAGGAUACAGUCUGCUACACAGGGCGUGUCUUCGUGGUGAUGCGAUUUUAGUCGCUUCCCUCUUACGAGUUGGUGUAUGUCCAUCUGUGCUGACCGAUAAUGGAAUCUCAGCUGUACAUAUUGCAGCAAGUCGUGGACAGACUGCCAUUUUAUACAUGCUUAUGCUCAGUGGUGCUAACUUAAACCAAGCGGAUAGCCAGGGACGCAUUGCGAUGCACUAUGCGGCCGAAAAUGAUCAAGUCUUAACGAUCGCGUGGCUUUUACAAUUUCCAAAUGCCGGCCAACCUGAUUCUGUGGAUAAUCAUGGGAUCACACCAUUCCAUCUUGCCUGUUCGCGCGCUAAUGCGAACGCUUUGCGCUAUAUGUUACGUGCCGGAAGAACAUCUGGUAGUCAGCUGAGAUGGGAUCUGUCAUCUCAAGAUCACUGCGGAAAUACUUGUUUGCACACCGCCGUCAGCCCCUCUUCCUGUUCAGGAUCGAUGACUCAGUUUUAUGCAAAACCCAAUCGAGCCAUCUCUAAAGUACAUGAUAUCGUAUGGUCCCUACUAACCGUCCCAUUGCUCUUACCAAAUGGAUUGGCUGCUAUCUCUCUGAGUGGGAUGCGCAACAAAUGUGGUGAAACGGUAUUUGAUUUGGCUAAAAGACUCCAUUCUAAUUUGGCGUUAACCACUUUGAUGUACCUUGCCCAGACACUCGUUGGUAGAUUCUCCGCAACGUUAGCGUUGAAACUGUUGUUACAUAUUUAUGCCGUCACGUGGGUUUGUUUUGCUCUUCUUCCAAUAACCUUGAGUUUCGUAAGCUUCCUACUUGCCUCUCGGUUCCAGUCGCCUUUUAUCUACUUCGCUGUCGGUGCAUUAUCUUUACUGGUUUUUGCGAGACAAAGUCAUCGGCUAUCCGACGGCACAAAUAGGCCGAAUCCAUUCUUCAUGGGUGCAUUUGUUGCCGGAUUUCUGAGCACACUUCAUUUGGUUAUUUUUCACUUGUACCCUUCCCCCCAACAUCCAUAUUGGUACCGCCACAGUUACUUUGUUUUUCUACUCAUUGUGCCCUUCGUGAUUUCGCUUCUAUUUAUAAGUCUAGUGUUUUCUGAUCCGGGCUACGCCACCAGGAACCAGCAGCCCAUUCCAUUCUCCCCCAUCGACCCUGAUAUUUUUCACUUGGUCGAGAAAGAAGCUUUGGAGGUUACAAAACAGCUUUCGGAUCACAACCCCGAACUGAUCCACUCCCAACCUUAUCAGCUGAUCGACCUUUAUUGUCCUCACUGUAAACUGAGCACAUUGCCCGCAGCCACUGCUCGGAUCAAGCAUUGCAAAUUGUGUGAGCGCUGUAUAAACAACAUGGAUCACCACUGCCUUUUUAUAAUGAAGUGUGUAUCUUACACAAACCAGCACCGAUUCUUCCUGUUUCUAUUCGUGUGCCUCCUGUUUACUGGUGGUUAUAUUGUGUUUACCCUCUACACAUUGGUCGUCACUUGCCCUUCGACUGAAUCCGGCAGACUUUGGGAGACUUUUGUUUGCUUGUACAGCAGAUUUUCUCCUUGUAUUGUUUUCCUUUUGUAUAAUAUCGGGUCAUUUCUAUGGAUUUUACUACUGAUCGAUGACCAGCUUGUGACAAUCAACUCCAAAACGCCUGUCUGGCGGCGCCGGAUGGGGUCUGUUGUGUGUAACCUCAGUCAGUUUUCGACACGGUUCCAUAGUUUUUUCUGUUUCCUUGUUUUCGGACGCCGUCCUAUCACCAGGGAGCGAAAUUCCGACCACGUUAUUUAGCCUUUUCUCAUCCACACUUGAUUCUCAGCUUUUGCGGGAGGUGCUCUGAAUCAUUUUUUUCUUUCAUAUUAGUUGCGUUCUAUGCGGAUACUUGAAGCACUUCCCCCACAGAGCCUUUUGGACUUGUCCUCUAUCAGGCCGUUUCGAAUUUACUACCUUGUUGAACUGAAUUCGAUAUCGCCGUCUUCUGUGGAAUGUAGUUCGUCAAAUGCAGUCAUAACAAGCGUC